AUGGAAGCUCUUCAAAAGAAUGAAACCUGGGAUCUUGUCUUUCCACCACCUGACAAAAACAUUGUUAGGUCAAGGUGGGCUUACAAGAUCAAAUACAAGGUAAAGUCUGUUGCCCACAAGAAAAAAUCCUCUCGUCUGUCCGCUCAGGCUCCUAGACGAGUUACUCGCGCCUCCAUUAAUCUUGCUGGGUCUUCCUCUUCACCCCCUCAGCCCACUUCUGACCAUGUACCUUCUCCUCCUCCUCGUAAGAAGUCUAAGGUUUCUAGUGGUCAUCCUUCAGGACUUCCGCAUUCCAAAUCAUCCUCGGCUGGUGGUGAGUCUGAUCCUAACUCUGCCUAUUUUUUUGUCAGUCGUUUUGCUGAAAGGAGGUUUAAAGAUUUUGUGUCAUUUCGUCGUUUGCAUGUUGAAAAUUCUGUUGUGUUAGAAGAUUUCCCUAGGCUUCUUGCACUUCUCGAGUCUCGUCAUUGGGUUAACAUUGUCUCUGGUCUUGUCAUGCCUUCCCAAAAUCUGGUCCGGGAAUUUUAUUCUAAUAUUGAAAAAUCUUUGCUUGAUGCUCAGCAUCCAAAUCGGUUUACUAUAUUUUGUAGGGGUAAGCGUAUUUGUUUUGCUCCAUCCACUAUUAGGGCUUUACUGAAUAUACCUUUGGUUACUGAUGCUAUCUAUAAUGCUGAGUAUGCUCCUGAUUUAAACCUAGUGGGUCGUGAGUUGACAGGUCAAUCAGAUUUUUGCUGGAAUGAGGUUUCUAAUGAUUUUCCUACUCCAUCUUUAACUAGCUUCUAUCGUGUUUUGCAUAAGGUUGCUCUAACAAAUUGGAUUCCGAAUUCUCAUACUUCUACAGUCACUGCUGAUAUUGGGCGUUUUCUUUAUGUUGUGGGCACUGGUGUUUCCAUAGAUUUGUCUGUGCUUAUCUUUGACAGGGUGUAUCAAGCUUUUCUGACCAAGAGUCGUCGGUUGUUUCUUCCUUAUCCCUGCUUGGUUCACAAGUUAGACAGUCUUCAGAGUUCUUUGCUGCAAUCUCAACAGCGUUCCAAGGCAUUUGAACGAAGGGUUUUGGCUCAAUUGGCUGGUCUUCGACAGGUUGUUCAGACUCUUUCUCCUUCUGUUGUUCAGGGGGCUGGUUCAGUGCCUCAGUCUGCUCAUUCUCCGGCUAAUUCCCAGGGGGAGUUGUCUCCUACUGCAUCUGAUAAGACUUCGGGUCCUGUCCAGGGGGAGUUUGCUUCUGCUUCUGCUGGUCCUUCUGUCUCUGUUCCUGCUCAAUCCUCGUCUCCUCCGUGA